AUGACGGCGCGUUUAGGAUUGGCUCAGCUGUACCUUCGCUCUAAGCCAAUAGGAGAGAGGCAGUUUGCCUAUAUCAUACCGUUUCGAGGGCUCUCCCAGCUUACUUCAGUUUUGAAGACCGGUGGUAAGACUAGAGCUAAGGCCAAGACUCGUUCAUCCCGUGCCGGCCUUCAGUUCCCCGUGGGCCGUGUUCACAGACUGCUACGUAAGGGUAAUUACGCCCACCGUGUGGGAGCUGGUGCUCCUGUCUACUUGGCUGCCGUGCUGGAGUAUCUGACCGCUGAGAUCCUCGAGUUGGCUGGUAACGCCGCCAGAGAUAACAAGAAGUCUCGUAUCAUUCCUCGUCAUCUGCAGUUGGCCGUGCGUAACGACGAGGAGCUGAACAGACUGCUUGGAGGUGUAACCAUCGCUCAGGGCGGUGUGCUGCCUAACAUCCAGGCUGUUCUGUUGCCCAAGAAGACCGAGAAAGCAGCCAAGGCCAACUAUCUUUACAUAUAUCACUAUAUACUGCAUGUAUACACAAGUGAAGUUACAGAUCUCUUGCAGUAG